CAACAAUAAUCACGACACACGUGAAAGCAAGUAUGGAAAAACGCUCAUUCAGCUGUUUUUACAUCGCGCCAACUUGUUAAUAGCAAUUCACUGCUAACAAUAUUAAUCAAUCUUUAAAUUUCUGAACCUGUGCUUCUCUAACGAUGGCUGCGAAACCAGUAAUUCUAGACAAACCAAUGAAUAUGAAUGAAUUGCUAUCUGAGAAGGGCUUCACAUUCCAAACCACAUUCGACGACAACGCCAAUGAUGACGACUCCGAUGAUUAUGAUGAUAUCGGUUCCGAGUUCACUGGUCAACUUGACCAAGUUAACUUAAAGGAUGAAGAUCUUUAUGAAUAUGACCAAGUUCCUUUUGAGGAUAUUGAACCUCUCAUGACUGCCUUGGAUGAGCAAGGUAUGGUAAAAAAGCGCAUUUUCCGCGAGGGUAAAGGUGAUGUCAUUCCAAAGAACUGCAAAGUUACUUACCAUUAUAAAGCAUAUCAGGAAUUAGAAGCAUUGGCUUUUGAUUCCACUUACACUCGUAGAAAGCCUGAAAUAUCUCGCAUUGAUAAUAUUCUAUAUGGCCUUGGAGUGGCAAUCACUUCAAUGAAAAUCCGCGAAAAAUCUCAAUUCCUCAUUAAACCAGAAUGGGCUUAUGGUGUGAAUGGCAUUCCACCUCGUAUUCCACCCAAAGCAACAAUUCUCUUUGAAGUGGAACUCUUAAGUUUUGUUCCUCUUACUGACAAUGAUCAAGAAGAUGAAGAGAUGAGAGAUUCUAAAGAUUUCACUAAGAAUUAUCAAAAGGCGUUGGCGCUUUGUGCUGAAGCAAAACAUUUGAUUGCUGUUGAGAAGAAAAAUAAGGUUGCGAUUCGUAAUUACAACCAUGCAAUCAAUAUUUUAUCGAAUGUCACUGUGGCGGAUGAUGAGCAAGAGAAGGAUUAUGUGACUUUGCUUAUUCGAUUGUAUACGAAUCUUGCGAUUACUCAUAAUCACCUGGAUCACUGGGAGAAAUGCUGCUUGAAUUGUAAGGAAAUCGAUAAGUUGUGCAACACUUUUUACCGGACUGUGGACGGUAGGGUGUAUUACAAUCAUUCUAAGGCGUUGUUUGGUUUGGGUGAUCUUAUUGGCGCUGAAGAAAUGCUGCGUAAGGCAGCAAAGAGCAGUUCCUAUGAUCGGCCUGACCCGCAUAUUCUGGCUUUGUAUAAGAAGAUUCAGGAGGCGAAGGCUAAAGAGUCAAAGUUAGAGAAAGAUUUGGCAAAAGCCAUGUUCAAAAAGAAUGGAAAUAAGUAAGGUGCAAGUUAAGUAUUAAUUAAAUUUACAAAAAGAGUAUUUUAUGUGAAUCUCAAUAUUGGAGGAACAUGUUAAGAGUUUUGCAAUUAUUUGGUUUAGAAUGUUAAUGAGUUCAAUUAUAAAUAUUUUCUAUUUUUAUACUUAAAACAGUUGAAAUAAAACCGCAAUUAAAAAAGUUAA